AAACGCUCUUUGGAGUAAAUCGUGCCUUAAAGCUUGACCCUGAGAGACAGAGACCCUUCUUCUCCACUGCAACGUUUUCAGACAAGAACGUUUGUAACCUCGAUCUGAAUUACACUUCGGCGUGAAUUGGUAAAAAAAUCAGAGAUUUGAAGAUGGGUUGGAUCGGGGAAACUGUAGAUUCUAUCAAAUCAAUUCAGAUCCGUCAGCUUUUCACUCAAGCGAUCAGUCUUGGGAUGAUUGUUACAUCUGCUUUGAUCAUAUGGAAAGCUUUGAUGUGUGUCACUGGAAGUGAAUCCCCUGUGGUGGUUGUUCUUUCUGGAAGCAUGGAACCUGGCUUUAAGAGGGGGGAUAUAUUGUUCUUGCACAUGAGUAAGGACCCGAUUCGAGCAGGCGAAAUUGUUGUUUUCAAUGUUGAUGGUCGUGAUAUUCCCAUUGUCCAUCGUGUCAUUAAGGUUCACGAGAGAGAAAAUACAGGAGAAGUUGAUGUUUUGACAAAAGGUGACAAUAACUAUGGAGAUGACAGACUUCUCUAUGCUGAAGGUCAGCUUUGGCUAAAUAGACAUCAUAUUAUGGGCCGUGCUGUCGGGUUCUUGCCUUAUGUUGGAUGGGUUACUAUCAUUAUGACAGAAAAGCCUAUCAUAAAGUAUAUUCUCAUAGGUGCAUUGGGUUUGCUCGUUAUAACAUCCAAGGAUUAAGUCUUUUGGAAGAGUGAACUUUGCAAAAACCCUUGUUUUAUCAUCAUUAAAGUCUUUGUUAUUUCAGUGGGAAAGAAAAAAAGACUUUAAAGACUCGUUUUUUUGGUUUAGACAAUUUUAAACAGUAGAAAUCAGAAGCUAAUUUUUACUCGUGGAGAAA